CCACCAACCGCAAAGUGAAUUUAAUGCUCGUGAGGGAUUAAUGACGGACCAUUCCCUUAUGAAUGGCUAAUAUGCUCCGUAUAAAUUUUUUUUCUCGACUCUCAUGUAUCCGUCUAACUUAUCUCUUACAAAAUGAAGUCCAUACAUGGAUAUGCAUUGUUCCAGCUUCUUGCUUUUGGAGUCCAUAAGUUAUCCGGGUAAUUGGUAAAACCGUAAAAUGGAAGAAGCUUGUGAAUGGAUGUAUAAGCGUAAAAGUCGGACUUCCGGCAUGUCUUCAGGGGGAUCUACAUCGCGCGGGUGGCGGCAAAGCCAUUCGUGGACGUCGCGAUAAUGGCGGCAGGGGUGCAUCUCAAAGAUUCUCUACAGGAGAUCAAACAGUCCAAGUUAAUGAAAACGAGUCACCCAACACCCCACCAUCAAAUGUGAGGCCCUCAUUCACUUCUAAUACCGGAACUGAGGCAUCUAUUCAGGCCAACUUUACACUGGAAAUGGUCCACCAAACACAACCUGAAACAGGACUUGAAUUGGGAUCGGGCCAACGUAAUCACAUUAUUAAUUUAUUAUUGGAGAUUUUCAGCUUGAAAUUAAAUGAUAAAGUGAAGAAGUCACUCGAGCUCAUUGCCUCAAAUUUGUUCACUGGCUGGCCUGCCAAUUAUGGAAAUCUGAAACCACAGGAUCGCGAGAAAUACCUUUCACGAUUCUCGCGAGACUACACCUGGGCUCCUUCCGAUAAUGGGAAAAUGAUCUCCAAGAUCCACUCGGAAUUUAGUUGGCGUUAUUCGGCACGUAUGUCAAAUAUGAGAAAGGCUGCAAAAAAGAAUAUUCCUGACUUUGCUGAAAAUAAGGAUUAUACCAGACUUAUCCCCUUUCGAGCAGAACGUGUAACUCCUCACGUGUGGACUAAGCUAUGCAAUUACUGGAACUCAGACGAUUGGAAGAAGAAGUCAGACAUUGCAGGGAUAAAUCGCUUUGGGAAGUUCCCGCAAAGACUAAAGGAAGAAAGUCCAAGACGAAGUUAUACGCUGAAAUUGAGAAAGAUUUAGGAAAAGAACCAACAGUUUUGGACUUUGGAGAAAAGUGGGAAGCAAUUGACCCCACCACAGGUCAACCAUACCCGACACGACAUGCUCGUUAUAUGGCUCUAUACCGCCAACGAAUGGAAGAAGUUCAUGGGCCAGAUCGGACACUUCAUCCUGUUAUUGAUCAUGAUAUUUGGUUGGAGAUCACAGGUGAUUCAAAAAGACGGCGUCGGGUUGGUAUUCCUGACCAAAUAUCAGAUCCUCAAUUGUUUCAACUAUCUAAACCAAUUGAGGACAAGUGUAUGCUUUUAGAAAGUCAAGCAGUUGAGCUGAGGAGUGAAAUAGACACUAUGAGAGGUGGUAUGGCAGAACUUAAGGCACAAAAUGAGGCAAUGAGAGCUGAAAAUGAGGAGCAAAGAGCAAGCUUCAAUGCUGCAAUGAGCAAUGUGUGGGGCGUUCUUAUCAGUAUGGGUGUUGCUAGCCCAAGCAUGAUCCCUUCAAGCAUGGUUGCAGGUGGAUCAUCAUCGCAACAUCACCAACCAGCGUUGUUUGGACAAUUGCAAACCCAACAACCUUCAUCGUUCGGACAGCGACCAGGACCAUUUGGACAGCUUUUUGGGCUUACUUACGCCCAGGCUCAACAUCAACUGCAAUGGGAUCAGCCCCCCCAUUUUGGACUCAAUGGUUUCACACAACCUGCUUCAUCACAAGUGCGCUCUACAGAGGUAGCUCGUCCUCCCUCCAGACCAACCAUGGCACCACCUACUGUUCUGAUGCGCACUACCGAAGAGGACUUGUCAAGCUCUGAUGGUGAUGAUGACCAAGAAAGUGAUUAAGUAUGAUGAAACUCUAAACAAUGAUAAUUACAUAUGUUGUAAUUUUUUUGCAAUGCUGAAGGGCAUUUUAACAAUGUUUGAGUAAAACUUAUAUCUUUUGGUAAUAUAUAUAUUUUGUUUGUGUUGAUGCAUGUAA